AUGAAUGAAUUGAAAAGCAGAUCAUAUAAAAUUGUGGGAAAAAUUGAAUUAACCAAAGAUCAAGAUGAAAAAUUGAAUACAUAUUAUCUUAUACAAUGGCAAGAUCAAUCUGAAACUACUAUUGAGAAUCGUGUAUCUCUUUAUGAUGGUGAAGAUAGAAUAGCUGAAUUUGAAGCAAAAUCAACACUUAAUCAUUUUCUAAUUCGCGAUAAACUUUUAGAUAAUGAUACGAUUACUAGCAAAGAAGCUACUAAAUUAAUUCAAAUACUUAUGAAAUACGAUGUAUAUAAAGACAAACUUGUUGAUAGUGAUAGUUCAGCCACAAAUCUUUGGCAGGACAGUGAGUUACCAGUAACAAACAAACAAAAUGGUAAGGAAACUUCUCUCACAUCUGAUUCUAAAAAAAAUGAUAGUGUAAUGGUUGAUUCUAAUCAACUUUUAAAUUGUACUAAUAGUAACCAAGCAACAAGUAAUCUUACCGAUGAAAUUCAAGUAAGUAAUACUCAAAACGAUUCGGAUAUGGUAUUGUCACCAAAUGAAGCAAAUUGUAGCAAUAACAUCAAUGGAAAAGAUGAAGAUAAUAUGGAUUUAGAUGAUAGCGAUUCUUCUAUUGGAAUAGAGAAUUUUACCGAGAAAUAUGAUAAUUCUCCUGACUCACAUUGUGAUUUUAGUGAUCUCGAAGAACCUGUUGCUAUUGGAAACUACGAAGACUGGCAAUUGAGGUGGUGGGAUUUAAUUAUAAAAGAUGAAAAAAAAUCUGAAAAAAGAAGAGACUGGGAAGUUUUAGAAAUAAUUAGUGAAUUAGAACGGGAUUCUAAACACUACUUUAUUGGUUAUGAUACAACAACUAAAUUAUUGUCAUUUAUUGAAGAUCAUGAAGUUCCAGAUUUCAAAAAAAAAGAAAUUGAAAUACUAAGAAAAUUUCAACGAAGAUAA